CCCGUCUACAGCCCGAGACGCAGCGAGAUGGACAAAUGGAGACUGCGAUUCGACGGUACGUCAAAGUCAAUCACCGCCGAAGACUUCAUGUUUCGUUUGGAGCGCUUAAAGGAAGACUACGGCUACCGCGAUGAGGAGGUGGUAAUCAAGUUCCCUCAGUUGUUAGAAGGGCCGGCGGAAGAUUGGUUCUGGAUGCAGCGUCGAUUAGGUCGUUUGAAUAGCCUCCAAGACAUCAAACAGGCAUUUUUGUCACAAUUCCGCCAGUUUGAAAGUGACUUUGAUGUGCAGCGUCGGAUGAUGGAUCGCCGCCAAGGCUCUCAAGAACCAUUUGAAGAGUUUUAUAACGCCAUGCUCCGCCUACACUGCCAGCAAAGAGUGCCGAUGGAGGAAAGCAUGUUAGUGGAGAUGCUAAAGAAUAAUUUGAAACCAUCGAUGGCAUCGUUGGUGUUCCCCAUGAAGAUCUAUGGGCUGCAACAUUUUCGGGAAGAGUGCCGAAAGGCGGAACAACUGUUGGCAAAUCAAAGGCAGGCCUCGCAGGCAUACAAGCAGCACUAUAAUCAGCGAGUUCACGCCCUAGAGUCCGAAGGACCUAACGAAUGGGAAGUGGAGGCAAUCUCCAGGCAAGCCAAUUAUAUUUGCUGGAAUUGCAAAGAGAAAGGACAUGGAUUUGUUGAAUGUCCGUCCAAUACACGCAAUCUUUUCUGCUAUGGUUGUGGCUUAGAAAAUGUGACCAAGCCCCGUUGUCCGCAGUGCCAGGGAAACCAGCAGUCCGGAUCGAUGAAGGGGGUGCCUCGUCCGGCUCAAUCGCAACCCCAGAAAUGAGGCAUGAAGAGCAUGGGAGGGCGCAGGUCAGAAUUCUUGAGAGAAUGAGUAGCGAUAGUGUAGUGAUGGAAGAGAAACCCGUAGGUAGAAGUAGGGAAAUUAAACCUUGGCAUAUACGUCUGAAAGAGUACGAGGCGGCUAGGAAAAGGAUUUUUGAUGAAGGAGACGAAGAUAAAGUGAAUUGUAAGGGCCAUGAAGGCAAUGAAAACAUAGUAGUUAUAAGCUAUAGGAAUGAAGUAGACUGUAAGCGCCAUGAAGGCAAACAAGAUGCGUUAAAUAAUGAAAUUAAUGAAGUACAAGGGGGGAGAACUUCGAACAGUAAGGUAACUAAGUUGAUUCUUAACACUAGUAGUAGACGAGAUCGGAUUGUAAAGGCCAGGAAGAGAUUCAGAGCAAGGAGAAGGCUUAGACAUCAGAUAGCAGAGGCGACGCUUUAUGAAGGUGAAGACACUCGACUGUAUGCCCGGAUAAAAAUAGGGAACACAGAAGUUGAAGGCCUU